AUGCCAACUUCCAUCUCCAAAUUAUAUCAAUCAGCAAAAUCCAAACUGAGCAAUCGAAGAAAGAGUAGCAGCAGUACGGACACAAGCGGCAGCAGUGAAUCAGCUACUACUACCAGUAAAUCCGUCCGAUUCUCAUCUCGCAGCAAUGUCACUAUCUACGAUACAUAUAGCAGCGAAGAAUACGAUAGAAGAUCGUCGAUAUCAGCAGAUCCACAGCAUGAAGCAGACAGUUUACAUCACGAUAUCGAUAAAGAAAGCUUAUUUAUACAAGAAGAAGAUGAUGAUCCCAUUCAAUUUAGUGAUGAAGUAGUGCGAAAUACAAAAGUGAAUAAGAAGCAAAGCCAUUACAGUAUCGCCGUGCUAGUCAACUAUCGUGCCAACUUUUGA